AUGUCUUGGCUAAUGUAUAUCGCAAUAGCAGCCUUCUCUUUGUUGGCGCUGGCUUACUACAAGAUCAAGAAGAUCUUUAGGUACUACAAAGACAGGAAUAUUCCUUACGUCGAACCGUCAGUUCCGUUGGGAAGUGAUCCUGGAUUCGCUUUUUUUAGAAAACACGUUGUCGAUAGUUGGAAUGAUAUAUAUAAAAAAUUGGAAGGGAAUCCGAUAGGAGGGUUCUUCAUGAGUAUCACCCCGAUACUCAUGAUCCGUGAUCCGGAAUACGUACAACAAGUACUCAUAUCCUCAUUUGACCACUUCUUCGACAGGAACUUCCUGAUUGACGAGGAAGUCAAUCCACUUGACGCUCACCUAUUCUUCUUGAGAGGUAACAAGUGGCGGUACCUCAGGAAUAAAUUGAGCCCCAUCUUUAGUGGUGUUAAACUCCGGUGGAUGUUCGAGGAGAUUGAGAAGUGUGGAGUUGCCUUCGUCGAUUGUUUUGAUAAAUUGGCUGAUGGAAAGGACAGAGACGUUCUUGAGGAAUUAACACGAUAUGCUACAGAUGUUAUUGGAUCUUGUGCCUUUGGACUCGAGGGUGACAGCUUAACAAACCCUGACUCAAAACUUAGACAAAUUGGUAAAGGCCUUUUUGACACAACAACGAUUAAUUGGACCCAGAUAGUUAUCCUUCUGCAAUUUUCAUUUCCUAGCCUAUUCCAUUGGCUAAAAGUACGAUCUUUACCUCGCGAUAUGGAGAAGUACUUCUGUUCAACCAUAGGUGGUGUAUUGGAACACAGGAGGAAAACCGGAAUAAAACGCAAAGAUUUUGUGGAGCUCCUACUUCAGUUAAAGGAAAAGGAAGUUGUGAAGAUUGAUGCUAACGAUGUUGAUGAAAAAGAAGACAACAGUCAGCAAAAUGACGAGAUUGAAAAAUUUGAAAUCACAGACCGUCUGCUCAUGGCACAGUCAUUUGUUUUCUUUGUGGCUGGCUUCGAAACAACGUCCAGGACCUUACAUUACCUCAUUUAUCAAUUAGCUCUACAUCCGGAAAUUCAAGAAAGGGCCAGGCAAGAAGUUUUGGCCGUUAAAGAAAAGCAUGGACAAUUUUCUUAUGACGCCCUCAAAGACUUAAAGUUCUUGGACAACUGCAUUUCAGAAACCUUGCGUAUCUAUCCACCAGUUGGUAUGGUAAAUCGAGAGUGCACCAAAGACUUCACGUUUCAAGAUGGUAGCUCUAUUAAAAGAGGAGAACAAAUAUUGAUUCCAACCUUUUCAAUUCACCGAGAUCCAAAAUACUAUCCAGAACCUAUGAAGUACAAUCCUGAUCGAUUUGAUUCCAGUCCUCAACGUGGGACUUACUUACCUUUUGGCGAUGGUCCUAGAAUUUGCAUAGGAAAAAGAUUCGCUCUGGUUGAGAUUAAAAUUGCCAUGUCAAGAUUGCUAGAAAGGUACAGUUUUGAAACAAGUACUUCAAAUAAGGAACCGGUUGAGUUAAAUCCGUGGACAGAUUUUGUUACUCCUAAAAAUGGACUGUUUGUAAAAAUUCAAAAACUAAAUGGCUGUAAAUAA